AUGAGCUAUCCGCGAAAAUUGCCAGAGGCCGUAGAUGCACUGAUAGGAUUUCGCGUAGAAUGCCACGACAAAAACUGUGACUUUGCCAGCCAGCACUCCAUAAACUUCAGCAGCAUUCGACCUCGUUGUGGCAUAUCUGUCGUCGACUUCUGGCAUGCCGCUGAGGACCAUCUAUCUUGGAAGCAUAUUAGAACACCAUUCGUCUCAUUCUUUAGAUCAUGGGAGAGGGCUUUGAACUGGAGGAAACGCCUUAUUGAGAGAGGGGGCAAGGGAGUCAUGAUUGUUGCGGUUUGGUUGAAAGACUUGUCUGGAGUCUACGAUGCAUACAAUAUCGCACAGCGUCUCGUAGUCCGUCAAGGCCCGAACUCAAACAGCCGUGGCAUCAACUACAUGGAAUACAGAAUCCUGGCCUGCUUUAAGGGCGACAGCCUCGAGAUCGAAAGACGAUCCAUAUCGCCACUGCUCAAAUUCCCCGAGCGCGAGCUUGUUGUAUCUAUUCCCAGAGGAACUCUGCCAAUAUACGGCAUUUCCAAUCUGAGCAUCACCCACCAAUUGGAGUACGAAAUGCUGAGCCUCACGGGGGUUCGAAACGAUGCCAAGCUGUGCGCACUGGUACUCGCAAUGUGCGACUGCGAAAUGGAAAUGAAGGAGGAGAACAAGAAGAUGACGAUUAAGGCAACAGAGUACUGCGGACACUACAUGUCGAAAAGUGUAAUUGGCAGAUAUAACUACUCUUUCGACAUUUCCUAUUAG